GGCCAAGUUCCUGCUAUAAUGUUGGAAGUUGUUGUUGCACAACGUUCUUCGAGUUCUCAUUUCUGCAACUCCCUGCAAUCCCCAUGCGAGCCAAUGCUCAUCGAAUCAUGGAAUCUGCAAAGAGGGAUAUCCGUCUCAUCGCAGAGGUUGCCCACAAGAGCAACAAGCUCAUGUUAUAUUCUAAUGCAGUUUCACGUGCAUGCUGCCGAGGUUGAGACUGGAAACGCACUCUAGGGAGAUGCUUUCAUACCAAUUCAAGAUCUUGAGAGAAAACAAUUACGGUAGCUGCAGAUGUGGGUUACUUCAGAGUCAUAACAUGUCUGCUGCCAAUUUGUAUUUUAGAAACCCUUUCGACGAAUAUGGAUUGGUGUGAUUCCGCUGCUGUUAGUAAAAUCUGCUAAGUAUAUGAUAUUUUGAUAUAGACGAAGCAGGCCAAGGUAUUGAGUAAUGUUUAUUGUUGAUGUUUCGUCCUCAUGAUCCGAACAGUCUGUGGGUGAGAUGAAUUCGACUUCUUUAUCCACUCGCUCCGAAUGCCUGAUCUAGUGUCCCUCUCAAACCUUAGACCCGCACCCCAAGGCUGAUUUUAAUCACAGUGUAUGUUAGCUCCAUCAACAAUGGUGAGGAGAACAGCGUUGUUGCUUGUUUUCCUGACGUUCUUCAACAACGGGCACGCUGCUAGUGAUGAAGAUUUCAGUAAUUUAGCGAUUUUGUCGCCGACAGACAACCCAGACAAUAUGCUAAAACUUCGUGGCGAGGGGGGGCUAGGAACUCCCUGUUUUUCAGACUCCGCAUGUGCUUCCGGAUUGUAUUGCUUUGCGUGUCCUGCAGCAGGGGCUAGUGGGUUUCAACCCAAGUGCACUCGCUGCAGGAUCACUCCAACCUCUGCAUUUCCCAAGAAUACUUCGCUACCUUUUAACAAGUACGCAUGGCUCACGACUCAUAACUCCUUUGCGAUUUUCGGUUCUCCUUCAGAAUCUGGAGUUCCGAUCAUUACUUUCUUCAACCAAGAAGACAGCGUGCUGGAGCAACUCAAUAAUGGAGUGCGAGGAUUGAUGUUGGACAUGUACGAUUUCCGGAACGAUAUCUGGCUCUGCCAUUCUUUUCGAGGCGUUUGCUACGACUUCACCGCAUUUAGACCAGCAUCCAAGACUUUAGCAGAGAUCAAGACCUUUCUGGACUCAAACCCCACGGAGGUGAUCACCAUCUUCAUAGAAGACUAUGUAACCUCCCCAAAUGGACUAACGAGCUUGUUCUCCAAGGCUGGCCUCAUGAAAUAUUGGAUGCCAGUGGCAGCAAUGCCUUCGUAUGGAAGGCUAUGGCCUACCCUUCAGACGAUGAUCCAACGCAACCACCGCUUGCUCGUCUUCACACAAAACUCCACCAAAGAAGCAACUGAAGGAGUUGCGUUUCAGUGGCGCUACACGACUGAAAACCAAUAUGGAGAUGAUGGCAUGAACAAUAGCUCCUGUUUGAAGCGGGGCGGAUCGCCAGCGAUGUCUGACAUGAGCCGGUCUCUCAUCGUGCAAAACUACUUCCCAUCUAAUCCUAAUCCUAUAAAUGCGUGUAAGCACAACUCUGAUGGGCUCUUCAAGAUGCUGAGUACGUGUUAUGCUGCGUCUGGCAACCGGUGGUCCAACUACAUAGCUGUGGAUUUUUACAAGAGAAGCACAGGAGGUGGAGCAUUUCGUGCUCUAGACCGCUUGAAUGGGCAGAUGGAGUGCGGGUGUGAAGAUGUUACCAAGACCUGUACUUGUUAGCAGAGACGGUGAUAGAUGCUUGAAGAAGGCGUUGGUGGAACUACUUGGGAAAUGGACCAAGCUAUAAGCAUGCGGUACACGGCACAAAGCGUAAGCGAGUUACCAAUGUGUGUAUAAAUUGAUUAGAUUAAGAUCCAAAAAUAUAAAUAAUGUAAUCAAACGCUUGGAGUUGAUGUACAACCCAGCAAGUUGCUUUCGUGACACACUGCUCCUGUUCAGUACAAUUUGAAGUAAUACUAGGCAUUAUCAUGAUAACUGUGAUAUUUGAUAAAUGUUGUUUGAAUAGAGAUUCACAAGAUAUGUAGUAAAAUUCGUGACAACAGUCAGUUGUCUAGGUAGCUGUAACAAAAGACUGCCGAAGUAUGUGAAAACGGAGCUUGGUCUUCUCAAAUAUAAGAGCCUCAUGUGUAGUCAGAAAAUAAAAGCUUAACACAAAAACAAAACGGAGAGCUGACAGAAGUAUUUAUGCA